UCAGAAACAAGUGACGACCUUACCAAUUUGCUUAAUGCUUGAAUUGUAAUAUUUUUAAAUUUAAAUAAGAUUUUUGUCUCUUUACUUUGACUAAAAUUAGCUUCAAAAUGCCAGAACCGACAACAGAAAUACCGGAUAGCAGCACCAGUUGGGCCGAUCAAGUUGAACAAGAAGAUGAGCCAGAUAAGGUAUUGCCUCAAUCCACAGAGGUUAUAAAGAAUGGCAUAAAAACCAUCACUGAAUUUAAAAGGAAUGAAGAUGAUAAAAUUGUGAAGGUUGUCAGGACGUAUAGAUUGGAAACUCUAAAAGUUCACAAAGCCAUUGCGAAGAGGAAGCUUUGGACGAAAUUUGGGGAUUCGAAAAUGGAUAAACCUGGACCAAAUCCUGCCACAACUAUGGUUGCCGAGGACGUUUUUCUUGUACUCACAUCUAACAAAGAGGAACUCAACCAGCAAGAUGACGAUCCUUUGAGAAAACUCCAGAAUCAGAAAAACAUUGUGCAAUGUCGUAUAUGUAAGGGUGACCAUUGGACGUUGAAAUGUCCUUACAAAGAUACGCUGGAGCCUUUGCAGCAGCAGUUGAAAGAAGAGGAAAAUGGAGGCAGUGGCAGUGGUGAAGGCAACAAUAAAGCUACGAGCUUCAAUCAAACUGGAGGGAAAUACGUUGCACCAGGAAGGCGCGAGGGUGCCUCGGGGAGAGGUGAAAUGAUGAGCACUCGGAACAAUAGAGAAGAGACGGCUACCAUACGUGUUACAAAUUUAUCGGAAGACACGAGAGAAUCGGAUCUUCAAGAUCUUUUCCGACCAUUUGGACCAAUAUCGCGAAUAUAUUUGGCCAAAGAUAAAAUCACUAAUCAAUCCAAGGGAUUUGCUUUCAUUAACUUCAUUCGGCGUGAUGAUGCAGCCCAAGCCAUUAAAUGUGUUUCAGGUCUUGGUUAUGAUCACCUUAUUUUAAACGUAGAAUGGGCUAGGCCAUCAAAUAACUAGUUGAACGUCUCCAGUAUGGUUAUAACGAUGAAACAAUUUGAAUGCAAUUAAAACGUAUAGCAUGUUUAA